AUGGCUUCCAUAGCAACAGAUUCCGAGUUGAUGACCAACUUCAUUGCGGCAGUCCCAGUCCCAGCAGGAAGUCAUUUCGACACGGUCCUGGAUGAAAACAGACGACCGCUCGUCUUUUGUCUCAACCAAGAAGCGGUCCCCAAACUUCAAAUCAUUCGAAUCGGAAACAACAAUGCACCUGUGGUCUUUGAUCUCGGGCCAUGCAUUUCUCUUCCUGCAGCGGCGAUAGUCCAAACUUUUGAAGUUCAGCAGGCCAACGACUUGACCCUGUAUCUCUGUGUUGCAUAUCAACAGUCGGCUACAAGUUCAAGCUUGAUCGUUCCUCUGCCAUUCAGACCGGAUCUAUUGAAAAGUGAUGUUAGGCUACCUAUAAUUCCUAGUUCACAAUCUAGCAUUGGAACAGCUGUGAAAAUUUUCAUGAGUCCGGUUGCAGCUAUUUCGACUCUUCCUUUCCCUGACACAUUCGUCAUUCACAACACCCUCGAUCAAUUGGCAUCCUCGGGAACAGAUAUCACACGCAUCGUCUUCGAUCCACAAAACUAUCAGUGGAAUGCGAUGCAAGAUAUGACAACCCCUGAAAACGCCUCCACGAUUUUAGAUGUGUCAACAGCUAGCGGGAUUUUGGGACGGGGAAUGUAUGUGCUUUACAAGAGUCAAGAAGAAGGUCCGACAAAGUUAUACGUCCGACUUAUGAGGUUGAAUCCGGAUACAAAUGAUGGAUCUCGACUCACCAGUGUGGCAUCUGUGGCAUGUCCUUCAGAUGCUCGCUGCAUCGCUUCAGUCUUUAACGGAGGAGGAAAAUCCGGUUUGCUGAUUGCUGCGCCCGAUGGUUUACGAUAUCUCAAUGCAAUAGAGUCGACCCAGAAGAAUUCUCCUGGAACACUGGUCCAGUCCACCUCUAUGUUUCGCAACAUAACGAGCUUGGUGGUGAAACAAGAUGGAAAUCAUGUCUCCAUCUGGUUUCAGACCUCUUCUGAAGAACUCGGUUAUCUUCGAACAACCAACGAUCAGUUGAGUUCUGGUAUCUCCACCUUGUUGAUGCCAGCUGGUCAAUCGUCUUCAUUUGCACCCUGCAUCUCCCAACCAGAUAGUGUAAAUGGUCAUUUAUUGUGGCAGAUGCUAGUAUCCAAUGACAACUACGGCAAUCUGACGCUCUUGGAACAGGCAAGUGACAGUGGCCUAUGGAGGCCAACUCCAAUAUAUUCUCCAUCCAACGUGUGUAAUAUCGCUGUCCAAAGUCAUACUGUGACUUUCCAUAUUAAAGCGGCUGAUAACUCUCCACUCCGUGCUGCCAGCGCCUUCAUCCAGAGUUCGUCUUCUGUGAGCGUCAUGUAUAAUGGCAAAAAUACCAUUAUCCCCCAGUCGGGUGCUUGGUAUGAUUCAGACGAUGCCGGAACUCUUAACUUCAUCAUCCCAACGAACUCCCUUGGGAGUCAGGCACUCAAUAUCACGAGCCUGAAGGAUCAGAAUGGCGUCUUGGUUCCAUUAACUCCAGUAGUGUUUGAUCCCGGCAAUAAAGCUAUCCAGAAGUUAUCGGAGAAUCUUGCUCAAUUAAACUCAGCGGCCGAUUUGAGAAACGCCAAAACACAGAAAGAUGAGCCCCUCUUCGGUAGUGAUGCUCCAGAUGAUGCAACUCUAAGUCAGGCAAUAACGAGCUUGCAAACUCUAAAGACAGCGUAUGCGGAUCUCCCAGCAGAUGGAUCAGCUCGUGCCAUCAUUACCCCCAUCGUUCAGACACGAAGCGCUGAUACACUCGAUCUCGGAGACCUAAUCAUGGACGGCCUGAAUUGGAUAAAACAUAAGGCAGAGGAUGUCUGGGAUUGGGCAGUGGAAAAACUUGGUGAUGUGUGGCAUUUCAUCUGCAAAAUCGGCGACGAUAUCAAGACAUUCGUCCUAGAUUGCGUAGAGAAAGUAUGCGAGGCAGCUACUUGGGUCUUCGAAAAGAUCAAAAUAGCAUGGGACAAAGUGGUCGAAUGGAUUGGGUUCAUUUUCUCCUGGGGUGACAUACUCGAGACCAAAGAUACUAUCAGUUCAAUUAUCACUGCUGGUGUUGAUCUCGCAGCCGAUAAAGUAGGCUGGGUAGAAGGCAAAGUUGACGCUUUCUUCGUCUCUUUACUGGCAGAUGUGGAUAGCCUUGGUGUAGCUUAUGAUCCCUCGAAAGAUAUGAAUGCAGGCUCCGGAGAUAACUUGCAAGACGGGUCGCAGAUCAGAGGUACACAGGAAAGUACUUCUUACAAUUGGGCAUCGGAAAGAAUGAAGCAUGGAGGUGCGGGAACUUCUACUGAAGUCAAGAGUAGUGAAACCCCCGAUUCCGAUGCUAAAGAAACAUGGACGACUGUCUUUCAGCCUGCUUUCGAUGGGAUAAAGGACUCAUUAAUACAAGUAGGAGAAGACAUUCGCACCGUCUUUGUUCAGAAACAGUCUAUGACCGCUGGACAAUUCAUGACAAUCUGUAAAGACGUCAUAAAAGUCGGCAUCGAAACGAUUCGUGGCGUCGUCACCGCACUCCUGAAACUAGUCAAGAUGCUUCUCGAGAAGAUCUCACAAUAUGGAAAUGCCUCCAUCAACAUCCCGAUCUUCUCUUCUCUGUAUGAAUUGAUCGCUCAGCACGAUCUCACAAUCUUCGAUGCCGUAUCUCUCGUUCUUGCCAUUCCAACCACGAUAUUCAUGAAGAUUAUCACAGGGCACAAACCUCCUACAUUGCCAGGUCUCAACGGCACAAUGCUCGGGCAAAUCGUUCUAGGUGACGAGCCUAAGAUAUCGCCGGACAUACAGCUUGACUUCAACACUCUGACAGCCGGCAUCACCGUCUCAGGUGUAAUGGUCAAAACCAUCAUCGAUGCUAUUAAAUUGAUUUACGCAAGUAUAACUGAAGGAAGUGAAGGAGCCCUAAAGAAGUUCCAAGGACCAAGUGGCUUUUUCGAGGUAUUCGCCAUUGUUAUUGAUAUGAUAGGCGUGAUGAAUGCCCUACCAACGGAUUCUGAUCUUCCAGGAUUGAGAUUCAGACAAUGGGUAUCCUAUAUCUCCCUCAUACGUGGUUCUACACAUCUUCUAGUCCUGUUCCUCGAAGGCGGCGAAGACGCCGAGAAGCCGCUACUCGUCUUCGAUCUUGUAUCUUCACUUGUGAACUUCGGGCUUGAACAAGCGGCUUGUAUAUCUGAAGUCGACGAUGGGUCUAGCUGGAAAGACUAUGAUGGUGACGUAACAUCGAUGACGAGUGUGUCUAGCGGUUUGAAUGCGAUAGCCGCCGUUGGAUAUUUCACAGCCUUUAUGUUUAAAAAGGACGAGGUGGAAGUCACGGCGGUGGGAAUGGUAGUGCUGGAGAUUGGGACUGUAGGCCUGGCUGUUGUGGAGGGUGUGAUAUUCAAGUGGCAAUAUGAUAAAGACAGAAAGACGAGAUUGAUUAUCCCGUCCUGA